UUUUCACUGCACACUUUUAUUCCUCAUGGUGAAGGUUGCUUGGGGGAAAAGAUUACAUUUUUUAUUUGUGUGUUUGGAAUGCAUAUACCUUUGAUCUUUUAUUAGUCAGUAGUCUGCUCCAGAGGAAUGUUGGUUGGGUUUUUUUAAAAAAAGAAGAAGAAAGGAAACAAAAAGCAGUUCUGCAGUCACUCGUGAAAAUGACAUGUUUAUUUAUGUUUAAUGGUUCUCUCAGGCGGUACUUACAUUCUCACUCUUCCUCCCCACCUCUCCAUUUAGGAACUCACAAAUGUUUCUUUCCCAUAGCUUUCUAAGUCAGCGUUCAGCCAUGUUAAUUCAAGCAGGGGUUUUAUUGUUAUUAUUGCUGGAGGUACUUCAAACUGAUUUAGUAAUACAUAUAUUGAUGCUUCUUAUGUAAAGGGACUGGAAGAAGCAACAUGCAACUUCCCCUUUGCUUGACAUAGGGGAAGUAGAAACAAUCAUCCUUCUUGUAUACAGUCAUACCUUGGGUUACAGCCGCUUCAGGUUGUAUCUUUUCGGGUUGCGCUCUGCUCCGAACCCGGAAGUACCGGAACGGGUUACUUCUGGGUUUCGGCACAUGCACAUGCGCAGAAGUGCUAGAUCGCACUUUGCGCAUGUGCAGAAGCGCUGAAUUGUGACCCGCGCAUGCGCAGACGUGGGUUUUGCGAAUGCUGUGGGUUGUGAACGUGCCUCCUGCACGGAUCACGUUCGCAACCCGAGCAUCCACUGUAUGUUUAGGGUGGCUGCAUAUCCUACUUUAGAGGACAGCCCUCUGAAGAAGUGGUCAAAAUCCAAUUUUAAGGGACAGCAAGGGGCCUCUCAGUUAGUACAUGGAGAGCAGACUGCAGGCACUCCAGGUCACCCGGUCACUGUAACAAGCUGUAUUUCGUUUAAGCUAGGAGAUGCCUCUAAAUUUGCACCCUAGAAAAUUUCACACGAAUAACAUAUCCUCUUCUAUCCACACCUUUGGUGAGGUGUAACUGGGUAACCUACAUAUAUUUGCAUGCCUUUUACAUUGCAUAACUAAUGUGCACAUGCACACAAUGCAAAUGGAAAGGAUUGGAUCCCAAGGUUUGUGUGAAUAGAAGGCCGUUCAUGCAGCAGAUCUUUCCCGUCUCAUCCAGACCCUGUGCUCCUUGAAAAGCAUCUCUGGAGCAUAGACUGUAGUGUGGGGUGGCAGCUACUGCUGUGGGGAAAGGGAAUCAAUGACAAUUGGGAAGAUUACAUGUUGCAUGAGUGUGGUUCUGCUUUCACAAGGUGCCUUCGCUUGCAUAACUUUUAGAUUCAAUCUCAUGUUUUUCAGAACUUUAAGAGAGAGCAAAGAAGCUAUAACUAUUACCCACCAGGGCCUUCCUCCUACUCUUUCGAUGUUUGCACACAGGUUUCUAGGCUGUUGGUGUGCCCUGGUUUAGUGUACCCAUGAUGCCCACAAGCCAAAUGAAAAUGGUGUCAAUUUCCAUGUUGAUCCUGUUUGGCCAAAUUACACAUCAGGGAAUUAGCAUGGCGGCCAUAGAUGGUAUUUUACAAAUACAGUGGUGCCUCGCUUAACAAACGCCCCGUAAGACAAAAAUUUCGCUUAAAGAAAGGAUUUUUCUAGCGGAGGUUGCCUCGCUAGACAAAUUUGUUUUACGAAAAAUUCGUCUGGCGAAUCGCGGUUUCCCAUAGGAGUGCAUUGAAAUUCAAUUAAUGCGUUCCUAUGGGCAUUUUUUUUUUAAAAAAAAUAUUUCAAUGCAUUCCUAUGGGAUUCGCUAGACAAAUUUUUCGUUAUAAGAAUAGACCCGUGGAACGAAUUAAAUUCGUCUAGUGAGGCACCACUGUAAGGAAUUGUCCAGGUUCUUGUACAAACAUCUGCGAAACUCUGCAGCCCUUUCUACUGCUUCCUGCAACUUUAGUUUACCUUCAGAUUACAGGCGGAUGAAGUUGUCGUCACGAUGCAAAAUUAGUGCAGCUAAUAAAAUGUUUUAUUAUACAAAGUGUGCAAUCUAUUGCAAACGUCUGGAUAUUCAAAUGAACGGGAAUAGCAGAAGAGAAUAGAUGCAGCCUUGUACAAUCUGUUUUAUUGCAGCCUGUCAACUAGAAGUUUCUGAUGGAUCUUUUUGGUUCGCAUUGCAGAAACUUAGGAAAAGAUUCUGUUUAUUUCAUAGGGUAACUGCACUUUGCCAACUCUUGUAACAAAUUUCCAGUCCCCUCAGAUUAAUUUUCCUCUCUGCAUUCUCUUGCUCUUUGACCAAAGGCCUCAGUGCAGUGUUCAUGGGGUUACGCCAUUUAAAUAUGUUGACAGGGAAAUUGUUAAAAGUACUCAACAGUUUCAAAGUGCCUAUUAUUUGUGUAACACUAUCUGCCCCAUUAUUUUGAAGGGACCUGGAACAUUCAUGUAAUCUCAUAAUAAGUGAAAAAAGAAAAGUUCUGUGUUUUACUUUCUGAAUUUUUCAUGAGAUCAUUUUCCAAUCAUCCAUGAAUUCCCAUUUUUUGUUGUCUUGUAUUUUAGCAAGGAGCAUCAUUGCCUGGUGCAGUCAGUGUGUUUGCUUAUUAUGUUAUCAAUCAUGCUAAUGUAAUCAAGCAUAAAAGCCUGAUGGCAAGGAAUUAGAUAAAAUUACUUAUAAAUGUGUAUUUGGAAUGUUAGUAUUUUCCUUUCAUUUUAAAAAAAACAUAACCAUCAGUUUUGCUGUGAAUGUAUCUAACAUUUUUGAUGUUUUAAUUUUAUUUUCAUCUUUUUUUUCUCCCUUACUCAGCUCUUGCCCCUGUUCUUUGCCUCUGGUUGUGUUGGUGAGGAUAUUACAGUGAUGUCUGCAUUCAACCUACUGCAUUUGGUGACAAAGAGCCAGCCAGUGGCCCUGCGAGCCUGUGGGCUUCCCUCAGGGUCACGUAGGGAUAAAAAGAACUGUAAGGUGGUCUUCUCCCAGCAAGAACUGCGGAAGCGGCUGACACCUUUGCAAUACCAUGUUACUCAGGAGAAAGGGACUGAGAGUGCCUUUGAAGGAGAAUACACACAUCACAAAGCUCAUGGAAUAUACAAAUGUGUUGUUUGUGGAACUCCUUUGUUCAAAUCAGAAACAAAGUUUGACUCCAAUUCAGGUUGGCCUUCAUUCUAUGAUGUGAUGGCUUCUGACAGAAUUACAUUCACUGAUGACUACUCCUACGGGAUGCACAGGGUUGAGACAAGCUGCAGUCAGUGUGGUGCUCACCUUGGACAUAUUUUUGACGAUGGGCCUCGUCCAUCUGGCAAACGAUACUGCAUAAAUUCAGCUUCGUUGUCUUUUGAGUCUGCAGACAAGAACCAUGCUGGAGAAGGAAGCAUUAGCGCAACUUCUGCCCAACCAGACAAGACAGAGCUGUAGAAGGAAGAUAGUUUCUCACAAAGCUUAUUUUCCUAGAUGACUCGUAAAGAAUGUUAUUCUAAAUUGCCUUCUACCUUAUAUGUUAAAAAAAACCUUUUAGGGAUAUUCUGCACUAUCAGUUUUUUGUGUGUAUCAAAAUGAGGCCUUGUGUGUGCCAAUGUAUUUUUGUUAUAUAAUCACACUUAAAUAAUUGUCAGCUUACAUGCAGUGGGGAACCUCAUAACAAAAGGGUAUUUAGCACUAUAGGUUAUUAAUCUCCACUUAGUGCUUUGUUAAAAUAGGUUUGAACAAUAUCCCUCCUUUUUUCUGAGGGAGCAGGCUGUAGUUCAUUCAUUGCAGAACUUUAGUCUAUAUAUAGCAGUCUCCUAAUAUCCCGUUACUUCAAUGAUUUUGUUCUGAUUUACAUGACAUGUGUACUCAACCAUCUUUCCAUUUGACACAUUACCCAACCUCCAUUAUGGAAGUGUGUGUUAGUUAUAGAAUGGUGGGUCAUAUCCAGGCUGUCCUUUUGCUGAGAUUAAUACCAGAUCCAACAUCCCUACUUAUAGUUAAGAAACUAGUGUUUCGCAAUUGUCUACCCUCUCCACUCCCAGUGUUGGUGGGAGAGAAUGAGUAUGUUUGUGAUGGGGCCAACUGGAGUGGAUAGCAGGCCUUUGCCACUGAGUCUAUUCCUUCAAGUUGCGAUGAGUAUUUAAAUGAAUGUGGAUGGAAACCUGUUUGUUUUAACCAGUAGCAAGCAGCACUUUUACAGGCCUGGUCUAUCAGCCAGAAGUGGGUGAAAGCGAAUAGUAGGUCACUUGUUUUACUAUGUCCCUAAUGAGGGUCCUGCAAAAACAAAACAUCAGCUAGCCAAAGAGGAUUCACAGUGUAGCAUGAACUAGUUGUUUUGUGGGUCGUGCCUUGGAGCAUGCAGUAAUGUUGCUAAUUACUGCUCCACUUUCAGGUUUUGUCCUGGGAGAGUGAAUACCUCAUUGAAGAGGUACAAACUUCCCUACAAUUCCCCCUUACAAUGUUUGGACAAGCAUUGGAAGGGAUGCAGUUCCCUUUCUUUCAAGCAGUUUCAAUGUGCAAUUAUAAGCACCAAGUGGCUGUGCCUUCUCAUGUGCAAAUUUACAGCAGCUUACUAUUUUCCAGCUUGUAUUGUAUGUGUGCUCAGUCUUAUUUUCUGAGCACAUGCAUGUACAGGAAAUGCACAAGGUCGACAACCAAAACAUUAAGAAAUGCAGCAAGAAAUCGACAUGUCCAUGAAGACUGAAGAGUUUUAAAUGGAAACUUGUCCCAAGGCCUUUAGUGAGAUCAGAUUAGACAUUUUUGAAGCCUUCUAAGGAUAUGACGAUCUACUUUGUGCUGAAACUUCCUUUUUUACACUGCAAGAGAACUGUCUAUAAGUAGUGUGUGUGUGUGUGUGUGUGUGUGUGUGUGUGUGUGUGUGUGUGUAUAUGGUUGAAGCAGAGAAUUUUCUAAACUCGAUACAAGUACUGUACUGUUUAAGAUACAGUGGUGCCUCGCUAGACGAAUUUAAUUCGUUCCACGGGUUUUUUCUUAUAAUGAAAAAUUCGUCUAGCGAAUCCCAUAGGAAUGCAUUGAAUUUUUUUUUAAUUUUUUUUUUGCCCAUAGGAAUGCAUUAAUUGAAUUUCAAUGCAUUCCUAUGGGAAACCGCGAUUCGCUAGACGAAUUUUUCGUAAAACGAAUUCGUCUAGCGAGGCAAGCUCCGCUCGAAAUAACCUUUCAUUAAGCGGAAAUUUCGUUAAGCAGGGCAUUCGUUAAGCGAGGCACCACUGUAAUUUUGUUGUAGAAUAUACAAUUUCAAUAUCAAUAGCAAACAUACUACCUGACAUAUCUAACACCGAAGCCCUGUACAAUAGGUUAAAAUUACUACCUUUAUAGCCUUAUAGCUCAAAAGCGAGAAAAAAGCUCGUUUGCUACUAUAAUUGAACAAUAGACAGAUGUAGAACUUCAGAAUGCAACCAUAUGCAUAAGAGAACAAUUACUCCUGUUAUCAUCACUGUUCAUGUAUGCAAGUAUGUACUUUCCAGUUUGUGCAGUCCUUCCUUUAUAAUGGCAGAGAAUUUUCUAGGCUUCAUGUCAUUCUUUUGCUUAUUUCCCUCCCCCAAAGGGCUGUUCUUAUUCCUUGCCUUUGUUGGAAGAGAAGUGAGUUUUCUCCUGUCACAUUUUCUGCCAUAAAUCUCUAAUAUGCAACAUUUGUAAAAAUGUGGAACCUACAUGCAUUUUGCUUUUCAGAUCUCUGCUGUAGUUAAGGGUUAUCGAGUUUCAGCAUAUUUCUGUCUUGCAUUAAAGAAAUAUAUUACUAAAACUUCAAUGAGCAAUAAUGCUAGCUGUCCAUCGGUAGAUUUAUAUUUGCAGGAUAUGGAAUGCAAUGAACUGAAUCAAUAUGGCUAGGUGUAUGUGAUCUGUAAGAGUGGAACACUGUUAACAGAAGAAAGCCAUUGUUCUUUCUCUGUAUGGAACACUGGGCAACGUUUUUCACUGUUAAUGCUAGUAGGGGAUACAAGUAUGACUGGUAUUGCAAAACUCAAAUGCAGGUCAUCUUGUUAAUGUCCUUGGCAGAGGAUCUCAGAAGGAGAGCACAAUAAAUAAGCAGGGAGCCCAUUGCUCAGACUUCAUUCUUUGUAUUGUAUGGGUGUGUGCAUCUACUGAACGCAAAUUAUAUAAGAACAGAGAACUGUAUUUUAUAGUAUCCAAUCUAUAUUAUAUAGAGAUUUGCAGAGCUUAAUAUAUAAAUAUCAAAAGAUACUUGGGGAAAAAAGAGAAAAAUAAAAGUAUUUUAUUCAUUUUGGGGGGAAACUGAACUUUUCCUCAGAAUUAUGGUUCACUUUUGAGAUAAUAGUGUUGGAUUUUUCAACGAAGGGUAUCUUUUAAUAUAUUUCUUGUAUGCUGGGUACAUAAUAAAGUUAAUUUAUAUAAAUAAA